AUAUGAAAAAUCUAUCCUAUUCAUAUCUUCUAUUUUUCUCGUGUCUUUCUCUCUACCGCAUCUACAUUCACAUCACUCUCCGCCCGACAGUUGCUCCCUUAACUUAAAAGCCAUGGCUUCCAUGGCUGCCAGACAAUUUUUCAACUUAAAGGCUGUGAAAUUUUCACCCCUUGGCUUUUUUCCCCGGUCACCUGUAAUAUUUAUUUCCUCCAAUAAGACUGUUCAGUUCCUAAGUUUUGGUGGUGACUUUUCUAGCAAACUUAAUCUUACAGCAGUCCCCAAGGCAUCACCAGAUGGCAUUUUGCCUAUUGAUGAUGAAGACGGAGUGUCCUUGGGAACCUUGAAACUGCCCUCCAACACUGACCUUUCAAGAUUUGAAUCCUUACUCUUUCAGUGGGCGAACAGUCUUUGCCAAGGUGCCAAUUUGCCUAUGCCAGUGCCUCUGAAGGUCGACAAAAUUCCGGGUGGAGCUAGACUUGGGUUUAUUACAAUUGGAGACGGAGAGACUGAGGUUCUUGUGUACAUAGACUGCUUAGUUUUUCCAGCUACUGAGAGUUCUGGUCCAGUAUUUCGGGCCAUAAGGAAUGGACCCCAGAAAAAUCAGUCUCCUCCUGGAGAGCCAAGAAUAAUGAGGAGCCUUCUAGAUGCCCUAAAGAAGUCUGUCGAAAUAGCAAGACUUUAAAAUAUAUUUUCUUUUUGCUUCGAUACUUGGUCGAAUGUAGUCAUCUUUACUAUUGUAUAAUGUAAUGAAAUGCAUAUCUAUUUCAUCUCAGGUAA